AUGCCGCCUGAGGUGCUGGAGUUCGUGAGGGGCUUCACGGGCAGGGCCCUCGAGGCCCUGUAUCGCGACGCCAGCGCGGCCGGCGGGGCGAGCGGCAUCAAAGACACCAAGGACCAGAUCGGAGUGCACAGGUUCGCCCUGUACGAUGCGAUGGAGGAGCUCUUUGGCCCUGAGAACACCCCACUUGCGGGGCCGGCAGCGAAGACCGACGCCGCAGCUCCCAUCCAGGUGCCGCCGGAGCGGGCCUGGCAUUCUUCGGGGACAGAUACGCCUCGCUGCGAGCCCGUGCCCGCCGCGUCUGCCAGCGGGGGUGUUGCCGGUGACGCUGUGGAGGCUGUCGGCGCCGUGAAGGGCGCGGUGGAGGAAGCGGCAGAGAACUUCGAGGUCGCCAAGGACUUCGUUGGGGACGUGACCGAGCUGGUCGCUGCGACGGGCAAGGGCGCGGACUUCCUUGAGAAGGUGGGGUCGAUCGCGGCCCCGGUGGCGGGUUUCGUGACAAGCGUGAUGGAGUCGGCGCCGUGGCUCGGGCCCGCGGUGAAGGUGUGCGCGAAGCUAGUCGCGGGGGUGCAGGCGGUGCACGCUGCGAAGGGGAGCUGCCUGGAGCUCGCAGAGAUCGCACGCACCGUCGCCUCGACCCUGGACAAGCACAAGAGCAAGAUCAAGCAGGGCGCAAAGACUUCGCAGCAAGUGGACAGCCUGAAGGGCGCGCUGGAGGAGGGCGUGGAGCUGGUGACGAAGUUCAGCAAGCGGUCGUUCCUGGUCAAGCUAUACUUCUGCAGGCGGACAGAAGAGGAGUUCCAGGAGGUCACGACGAACAUCCUGCGUCAGGUCGACCUGAUGCAGUUCGACGUGAUCGUCGACGUGUCGGACGCGGUGAACGACGUGAGUGCGGGCGUGCAGGAGGUGAAGCAGGUCGUGGCGGCCAUCGAAAGCAAGAUGUCGACCGGGGGUAUGUUCAGGAACGACGAGGACGAGGCGCUGCGGAGGAAGAUCGAGGACCUCGGCGGCAUGAGCGCGGUGCUGAGCAGCGACGACGCGCUGGGCGACGUGAUCAACAGCAUGGGCGCGCAGGGGCAGGUGGUGGCGGGGCUGACGCGUGAGGUGGCGGCGUCGAUGGAGCAGCUGAUGGAGUUCCACAGGAAGGGCACGCACAGCGUGAUCCGGAACGACGAGCUGAGGGUAUUCUGGAGCGAGCACAUCAAGGGCAACGAGGUGGACACGAGGACGUUCGUCACGCAACUGGCGGCUUGGCUGCGCGGUGUGUCCUUCGAGCAGGAGCUGGCGACGCAAGUUGACGCGAACACGGACAAGCUGAUCGUGGAGCUGAACUUGGUUGAUGACGUGUCGAUCGCUACCUUCAAAGUCAACCCCAGCCUCGUCGACAGCGUGUUCCCGGCGAACAAGACCGUGGCCGCGAGGCUGCAGGAGAUGCUCGGGAGCGGCGUCACGUACUGCACGGUUCCCGACCUGCCCGACCCGUUGCAGCAGCGCGAGGACGACGUGGAGACCGUCGUUGCCGCGCUGGACGAGAAGCCUGUUGCGGUCGUGCACGGCUCCCCUGGAUCAGGGCGGCGCGUGCUGGCGCACAUCAUUGCGCGCGAGGUGAUGAAGGAUCAUCCGGCGGGACUGUUGCACGUCGACUUGAAAGAGACAUGGCGGUCGGAAGAAGACAUCGUGAAAGAGGUGGGGCUGCAGCUGGGGCGGGACUGGAAGCAGGCGCGCGACAUGACGGACUUCUUGGAGGCGACGACGCGCGUCCACAGGGGCUCGGUGCUGCUGGUGAUCACGGGCGUGACGUCAGAGCUGUGGGCGCAGGCGCGGCGAGGCGGGGGGCGGGGUCUGAGGCCGUUGGUAACGGGGCUGCUUCAGAGGCUGAAGGAGGGGAGCCUGCAGGUGCUCGGACAGAGACAGGGGCUGUCUCUCGUCGUAACGAGCGAGGCCGAGCUGGACGUCGCGGCCUUGGAGGAAGACAUCAAGAAGGCUGUCAGACACAUCAGCAUCAAACCUCUCGACGAACGGGGCCUGGCGAAGCUCCGCACGCAAACGCGUCGGCGUGCCCCCUCAUCAUCUGGCAUAGCUCACGACGGCGGCCUCGCGGACGACCUGCGGGAGGCGAUGGUCGGUCUGGGGGUGUUUCCUGGGUCGUUCAACCUUGAGGCGGCCACGGCUGUGCUGGACAGGCUGGACGCUGCGCCGCUCCUGCGCAAGCUGGUCGACGCGGGCUACCUCCAGCUGUGGCGGGAGAGCGGGCGAUGGGAGCUGGGCGAGGAAGGGCGCCGAAUGGCCGAGACCCUUGCCAGCGGCGACCGCACGAGCUUGGCCCGGCGCGCCGAGAGGCGGUUCGUCGACUACGUGGAGAAGCUGACGGAGCGCCUGAAGCGAUGGGCACAAGGCAGCGAGCAGCUACAAGCGCGGAUGAUCUUCAUGCGGGAGCGGCACAACAUUCUCCGCGCUGCGGAGGUUUGCAGCGACGACGAUUUCGCUUUGCUGGGGCACGUGGGCUUCCUGCUUCAACGCGACGACGACAUGAAUGGCGCCGUCGCACUGUACCAGCGGGCGCUGCGAGGGUGCGAGCGCAACCAUGGAGACGAGAGCACUGCAGCUGCUUCUAUUCUGAACGCGCUGGGCAACGUCAUGCAGGACCAGAACAAGCUGGACGAGGCGAUGCGGCUGUGCGAACGUGCGCUGCGGAUACGGGAGCAGGCGUACGGUCCGGAGCACACUGACGUGGCGGCGACGCUGGGCAACAUGGCCAACGUCAUGCGGCAGCAGGGCAGGCCGGACGACGCGAUGCGGCUGUACGAGCGCGCGCUGCAGAUCGACGAGCAGGUGUACGGGCCGGAGCACAGUGAGGUGGCGAAGACGCUGGUGAACAUGGGCGGCGCCAUGCAUGAGCAGGACAAGCUGGACGACGCGAUGCGGUUACGAGACAAGCUGGACGAGGCGAUGCGGCUGUACGAGCGCGCGCUGCAGAUACAGGAGCAGGUGUACGGGCCGGAGCACAGUGCGUUGGCGGUGACGCUGAACAACUUGGCCAACGUCAUGGGGGACCAGAACAAGCUGGACGAGGCGAUGCGGCUGUACGAGCGCGUGCUGCGGAUACAGGAGAAGGUCUAUGGACCGGACGACACUAAGGUGGCGAAGACGCUGUACAACAUGGCCACCGUCAUGGGGGACCAGAAGAAGCUGGACGACGCGAUGCGGCUGUACGAGCGCGCGCUGCGGAUCAAGGAGCAGGUGUACGGGCCAGAGCACAGUGAGGUGGCGGCGACGCUGCACAACAUGGCCACCGUCAUGGGGGACCAGAACAAGCUGGACGACGCGAUGCGGCUGUACGAGCGCGCGCUGCGGAUACAGGAGCAGGUGUAUGGGCCGGAGCACAGUGCGGUGGCGGUGACGCUGAACAAGUUGGGAGCCGUCAUGUGGGACCAGAACAAGCUGGACGAGGCGAUGCGGCUGUACGAGCGCGUGCUGCGGAUACGGGAGCAGGCGUACGGGCCGGAGCACAGUGAGGUGGCGAAGACGCUGAACAACUUGGCCAACGUCAUGCGGCAGCAGGGCAGGCCGGACGAGGCGAUGCGGUUGUACGAGCGCGCGCUGCGGAUCGACGAGCAGGUGUACGGGCCGGAGCACAGUGAGGUGGCGGCGACGCUGGUGAACAUGGGCCUCGUCAUGGGGGACCAGAACAAGCUGGACGAGGCGAUGCGGCUGUACGAGCGCGCGCUGCAGAUACAGGAGCAGGUGUACGGGCCGGAGCACCGUCAGGUGGCGGUGACGCUGUUCAGCAUGGCCGACGUCACGCGGCAGCAGAACAAGCUGGACGAGGCGAUGCGGCUGUACGAGCGCGUGCUGCAGAUAGAGGAGGUGUAUGGGCCGGAGCACAGUCUGGUGGCGGUGACGCUGGGUAACAUGGACGACAUCAGGAAGGAACUGGACGCACUGGGGCGUCAGUAG